GCAAUCAGCGAAUAGCUGAUAGCUUGUUUUUUGAAAUACUACUUUGUUUUACAAAAUAAUUAGUUCAAAAAAAUCUACGAUUGUAAGUUCAUCGCUACGUCGUAAUAAAACAUUAAUCACGGCUUGCAAAAUUAAUUAAAAUUAAAUUUCAAGUUCGACAUGUGAAAUACUUCAUAACUUGGCGCAAUUUUGGGACCACUGAAAUUGAAAACGAAAACAACAAAACUUUAUCAAAAGUUGACAUGAAAAUUUCGGAGAAGUUUCUCUGUUUUGACGAAUAAAGAGAUCGACUCGCCUUUGAAACCAUUCCAAUGUCUUUUGAAGACCAAAAUUACGCCGAAAAUUCAUCAUUUCCUCAAGAUUUCGAAUAUAAAGAAAUGCAGGACCAAGAAAACACCCAAGACGAUGGAAAUGUCAGACCACGAGUAUUGCUCAUGGGAUUACGAAGGAGCGGUAAAUCCUCAAUAGCUAAAGUGAUGUUUCAAAAAAUGCAACCAAACGAAACUUUAUUCUUGGAAAGUACCAGCAAAGUGGUGAAAGACAACAUUAGUAAUUCAGCGUUUGUGGAUUUUGAAUUAUGGGAUUUACCCGGUCAGAUAGACUCGGUUGAUCCUAGCUUCGAACCUGACGUUGUGUUUGGUGUGAGAGGAGCGUUAAUAUUUGUAAUCGAUGCUCAGGAUGAUUAUGUGGACGCAUUGAAUAAACUAAUUGCUACAGUUACCAAAGCUUAUAAAAUUAAUACCAAUAUACGAUUUGAAGUGUUCAUUCAUAAAGUAGAUGGACUCACUGAGGACAAUAAAAUUGAAACCCAGAGAGAUAUCCAUCAACGAGCCAUUGAUGAUCUUAAUGACUCAGGUCUUGACCAGUUACAAUUGAAUUUCCAUCUUACGUCAAUUUAUGAUCACAGCAUAUUCGAAGCUUUUAGUAAAGUCGUUCAAAGAUUAACUAUUCAUUUACCAUUUAUAGAAAAUUUGCUAAAUUUAUUGGUAUCUAACUCAGCCAUAGAAAAAGCAUUCUUAUUCGAUGUUGUUUCCAAAAUGUACAUCGCAACGGAUUCGACUCCAGUUGAUAUGCAGAGCUACGAACUAUGUUGCGAUAUGAUCGACGUCGUGAUAGAUAUUUCCUGUGUUUAUGGCAUUCAAGACGAAGCAGAUUAUACAGCUUUCGAUGAAAAUAGCUGUAGUAAGAUAAAAUUGAAUAAUGGUUCUAUUUUGUAUUUCCGUGAAGUUGGACAGUAUCUUGCAGUCGUUUGUAUUUUAAGAGAAGAAAAUUUCGAAAGAAGAGGAAUUAUUACGUACAACGUGCUUUGCUUUCGAAAAGCAAUUCAGCAGUUGUUAGAACUGAUGGAAAAAAAGAAAGAUGAAAAACCCAAAGAAUAAUACUUAUUUGUGUACUUGAAUUGUUUUUUUAAAAAAAUGUUAAUUAUUUUGUAUUAGCCUUUAUAAUACAUCCAUUUUUUAAAUAUAAAAUCAUUAUGUACUUUCUU